AUGCACACCCUGUCCACCAUUAGCGAACGAGUCCUUGUCUUCGCGAACGCGAAGAAAUCUAAAUCUGAUUCUCAUUCUUUCAAUGAACUUGCCUCUUGUCAGUUCAGUUCUUCAGCUACUGAUAUAAUCAUAGACAUGAAUGGUAAAGUUCAGACCAAAGAAUUCAAGAAUCUAAAUGCAGGCUAUGAUACCAUUUCAGAACUUGACCUCCCUCCAAUUCUUACCAAACAUUCAAAAUCUUCUAAGUUCAGAAAUCUUGAUUCAAAACAGGUCAGUGUUAAGACUCGAAAAGAUAAAGAAGCUAAAUAUUUCUCCAACUCUUUUGGUGUAAAGCUACGAACAAAUUCUACUAAAAGAGCAAGCAAGAAAAUUAGUGUGUCGUUAAAAAAGCGGUCGAAGCCAAAGAAGGAGAGCUUUUCAGCUGAGAGUUUUGCAAUAGUGAAAACUUCAACUGAUCCUGAAAAGGAUUUUAGAGAAUCUAUGAUAGAGAUGGUUGUUGAGAACAAUAUCAAGGCAUCAAAAGACUUGGAAAAUCUUCUUGCUUGUUACCUUUCACUGAAUUCAGAUGAAUAUCAUGGACUUAUUAUCAAAGCAUUUCAAGAAAUCUGGUUCAACUUUCCUGACCUUCACUUGUAA